AUGGUUAAUCGUAAACUAAAAUUUUUAAUACCAAGAGAGCGAAGUGAAAUAAUUCCAAUAAUAUUUGUCAUUAUUCUUAUUACUAUUUAUGUUACAUUCGAAUUAUAUGUUAUUUUACCUGCAAUUUAUAAUAAUAUAUUUACUUAUAAAGAAAUUCUUCAUCUUCUAUUUGGUUUUUAUAUUAUUUUCAAUUUAAUUGGAAAUUUAUUUUUAUGUAUGGCUACUGAUACAUCGGUCGAUACAAUAAUAUGUCCAGUUUUAUUACCACAACAAAAUAUACCAACAUCUAUGUCAGACAAAAACAAUCAACAAGAUAUUAUUUUUCAACAUUGUAAUUGGCGUUAUUGUUAUAAUUGUGAAGUAAAUGUUCCACCGCGUACUCAACAUUGUCAUUUAUGUAAAAGAUGUAUUUUAAAACGUGAUCAUCAUUGUUCAUUUCUUGGUCGAUGUAUUGGCUUUAGAAAUAUUCGGUAUUAUGUUUGCUUUCUUAUUUGGACUGGAAUCGGUUUAUGCUAUUGCAAUAUUCUUCAUGUAGAUUAUACCUAUGAGCUUGUUGGUAGUUUUUCAUGGCGUGUAAUUGUCGCAUGUCUGUUUCCAUUUGGUGCAUGGUUAUUUCGUAUUCUCGAUCAUUUUUCUCUUCUACUUUCAUUUAUUUGUUCAACAUCGAUUGUCUUGAGUCUUUAUGUAUUAUUUCUAACUAUUCAACAAAUAUAUCUGCUUGCUAAUGGUCAAACAUGGUAUGAAUAUGGCAAAAAUAUUCAUAUCUAUAGUAGUCAAAAAUGUUUACAAUCAAAUUUGGAAGUUGUUUUCGGUAAACGAUGGCGUUUAAUAUUACUUUCACCACUUAUAGCAUCACCACCAUGUGGCGAUGGAGUGUCAUUUGAUAUUAAGAUGACUCAAACAGUUGAUUCACGAAGUUCUCAAACAAAACGUAUUUGA